AUUUAAUUACUAUCACUUAACUGAACUGAUCGACAAAAUUCGUAAUAGUUUCUCAGAAAAUUAGUAAUAAUGAUAAACUUAUGACUAAUAACAUUUAUCAAAAAGUUGGUAGCAAUUCGCAAUUACCUUAAAUAUAGUUAAAAAAUUGUAAUUAUUCGAAAUUUGGUGUACUAAAAAGAAUAAAGAAAAAAGUUAAGAAUUAAGACAGAGUCACGUUAGGUAACAAGGGGCACAUCGUGCGAAAAAAUUUAUUUCUUCUAAUAAAAUUAUAUCCCACAUCUUUUUCCUUUGAAGUUAAACAUUUACACUCGUAGUUUUUUAUCGGACUCAUUUUUCAUAUCAGAAAGAUUUUUGUAUUCUAUUGUCACAAAUUUUCAUAUUCGUAUAAUCAAAUAUAACUAAAAAUUUCAGAAUCCUGAAGACGGCUCAGGUCAAAUACAUUUGUAUAUCUCAUAUGUUUUCAUUUGAAAUUACUUUUUUUGUGAAUUAAAAUUAAAGAAAAAAAUAAAGUUCCACACCACAUAAUAUCCUAUUAAAUUAUUUGAUUUUUUUCAUCGACCACAUGGAUGAGUAAUUUCCAGUAAUACACGAUAUUCAAUGAGGAAUAAUACAAUCAUAACCACAUACAUAAAUGAGUACAUACAUAUAAUAAAGGCCAAAAAAAUGUCAGCUGAUAAGAAAUAAAAAAAUACAGAACUUCGUGAUAAUCUUAUCGAAAAAAAGCUUACUUUUAGAUAAAAAUUUUAUUAAUUCAAAGUUACCUCAAAUAAAAUUCAAUUUUUAGAAAAACUAGAAGGUAGAAAUUUUUGCAACAAGGAGACUGAGACACUACAAAUAUAUAAUAAUGUAUCCGCAUUGGAAAAGGAUCUAUAAAAAUGGAAUAUUUAUUUUAAUAUAUAUCGCAAUAAUUGCACAGGCGGAUGAAUUUAAUAAUUCAAAUGAAAGUACUUAUUUAUGCCAAGAUAAAAUAUGUUCGUGUUUAAAUCAUACUAAUGAAGACUCUGGUUUAAAAUAUGAAGAAGCUGACUGUAAAUCUAAAAAUUUAAAUGAAACGUAUUUCGAAAACAAAGAACUACUAUCUUAUUUGAUCAAACUUGAUUUGCAUGGGAAUUCUAUUAGUGAAAUACCAAAUUUUAAUAAGAAUGAAAUGAAAAUAUUAAUUUUAUCAAAAAAUAAAAUUAAAAUUCUAUAUGAUCAAAAUUUUAAACAUUCAGCUCAACUUGAAGAACUUGAUUUAAGCUGGAAUGAAAUAGAAGUAAUAUCGAUGAAUGCAUUUGAUUAUUUAAAGAUGCUUCUGAAACUAGAUUUAUCACAUAAUAAUUUAAAAAAAAUUAAUUUUCUUUUAUUCUCUCAUUUGUCAAAAUUACAAGAUUUAAAUUUAUCAUGGAAUAGAAAUUUAAAUGAAAGCAAAGAUUUAAAAUCAUUAGAUUUUUUUGAAUUCUAUGGCGUUACACCUUAUCUUAGAACUUUAAAUUUAAAUGGUUGUAACUUAGAAGUUUUACAUUUAAAUCGUGGUACUAAUUUACAAAAUUUGUACAUAUCUAAUAAUAAUAUGUAUAGAAUGCCAGAGCUACCUAGAAAUAUUAAAUUAAUUGAUUAUAGUAAUAACCCAAUUGAAUUUUUAAAUCAAACAUUUGCUUCGCAUUUAUUUUAUUUGCAUACAUUAUAUUUAAAUGAUAUGCCAAAUUUAAAAUCAAUUAACGAAUAUGCUUUUUUUGGAUUACCAGCAUUAAAAACAAUAUAUUUACAAAAUUGUAAAGAAUUAAAAUAUUUUGAUCCCCACGCUUUUGGUGAAAGUGUUAUUCGAAAUGAAACUGAUACUGUUUUACAGGAAUUGAAUUUACGUGGAAGUUCUUUAACAACACUAAGUUCUUCAUUAAAAUUUGUAUUUGAAAAUUUAAAAAUUUUAAAUUUAGAUGGAGCACCAUUAAGAUGUGAUUGCGAAUUACAAUGGAUUAGGGAAUAUAACUUUACAGUAAUUGGACAAUGCUAUGAACCAAAACACUUACAUAUGCAGCAAAUAAAUAAAAUUAACGAAAAAUUUGAAUGUGAUUGGCCGGAACAUAUUAAAAAUAUCAUAAAUGGGUUUAUUAUAUUUGGAAUUCUAUUUGUGUGUAUAACACUUAUAUCGAUAGUUGUUCUAGGAUUAAGAAAAAAGCGUUCACAUAGACGUCAUAUAGGCUCUGGAAGUCCAUAUGCAAGAAUAACAAUUGAACCCACUUGUGAAAAUCGUUUUUAAAUUAAUUCAACACAAAAGUUUUAAGUUACUUAUUUAGUUAUAAGGCAUAUUGUUUAAAAUUUACUUGUAAAUAUUCUAUAGUUAUUAUGUAAUUGUUUUUAUUUUUAUUAGAUCCCUUUCAAUUGGGGUUUUUGAAAAAUAAAAAAGGCAACUAGUCAUGAAUUGUUCUAAUAUAGUUUUUUUUUUGUGAAUGUGAAUGAAUAGAAAUUUUUAAUUUAACCAAUUUAAAGUCCUAAUGGUGGGUGUUUACAUUGUGAUAUUUUUGCAUGAAGUUAAAAUAAAAUUAUAAAGCUAUUAUUAGAAAAACAUAUAGAUGAAAUAAAAAUGUAGAUGAAGUAAAGUUAUAAUAUAAAGUUUUAAAAAAAUUGUUUACAUGAAAUAUCGCAAAUUUGCAAGAACAAUGACAUAAGUCAAAAUAAAGAGUUGCAAAUGUACUUUUAUUACCAUUAUACUUCAGUAUAAUAAAGCUUUCUUGUAACAAAUUAAUACAGAAAAUUUGUUCAUAUAUUUGUAAAAUAGUUCUAUUAUCUACACCAACGUUUUUAGCCUUCGAUAGUAAUUUACACUCGGCUAUAUAUACUUUAAAUUCCGGAAGUAGAAGUUAUAUUUUGGAGUUGUGUCGCUAUUCUUCCCUAUUAUGUAGAUCAUAUGCACAUAUUAUUGUAAGUAUAAUUGUGUAGGAACUUAUAAUAUAAAAUGUAUAGCUAAGAAUACUCGUAGAAUGUGUAUUUUAUACUUAUGUAUAUCGAUUUUAAAAUUUAUUUAACGUUUUUCCAACUUUUGACAACAUCUAUAAA